UCUCUCUCCCUCAUCCUUCCUUCUCCACCUCCGGCCGCCGCCAUGGCCAGGCCGGCGUGGUGGUGCGCCAGCAGCCUCCAUCUACUACACCAACAGCACCCAGUACCACCAUCACCUCCAUCCACCAGCGCCACACCACCCAUCCACCUCUCCCUGCUGCUUCCCCUUGCCACUCACACCCUGGAAUAGCCAUUGGGGUCGCCGGCGACUGAUCCCCCACGCGCCACCAACUGCUGCUGCUUUCUCCCACGCCCCUGCUGCUGCUCCUCUCUCUGCUUCUCCUACUCUGCUUCCCCUAAAGUUGUUGCUGCUCUUCAUCUCCUGUGCCCCCUGCUGCUCUUCCUUGCCGAAGCUCUUCUUUGAACCUCUCCUCCUCCCAACGUCCCCCUGCUGCUCCUUCCCCUUCACUUCCUGCUGCCGCUCCCCAACUUCUCUUGCUGCUCCUUCUCUUUGUACCUCUGCUACUGCUUCUUCUUUGCCUACCUCGCUGCUUCCCUGCUUCUUCUGAAUCACUUUCUCCUUCUCCAACACUAGCUACUGUUCUCUCUCCCUCUCUGAAAUUUCUAUGUAUUAGAUGCGAGUGGGUUCCUGUGAAAUUCGGACUUGUCCGUGUCUGGAUGUAUUCUGUUGAUUUGCAAGAACUAGAACAAUUUUUGUGCGUGUACAUGUGUGUGUGUGUGUGUAAUUUCUGUGAACAUUUAGAAUGAAGACUUGAUAAUUGGUAAUCUGUUUUACUAUUUCAAUAUAUGUGAAUUUUCUGUCAGUUAGUUUCCCAUGAUAUUCUGAUUACCUAUUGUGAUCAAUUUGUGUUGUUUGUGCUCUCUGUCAAGUGAGUUGUUUGAACAUCUUUAAUUCUUAGUCCCUGUGUUAGCUAUGUACGUGUGAAUAUAUAUAUGCUUGUGAUGUGAAGUACUUCUGGUCAUGUCCCUUGAUCUUAAUUCUUCUCUUUCAUACUAGUUGCUGAACAUUUAUGUGUUGGUGUCUUGUAGUUUUCCUUGUUUCUCAUGUCUGCCUGUGCUGGUAUUUUAGUUCCCAAAGUAAAACAAAUAAAAACACCAAAAAUAUAGUGAGUACAUUUUAUUUGUCAACGAUUUUCUGGAACAAACUUGCUUUACUUUUGUUUGUCUUGCAAUAUCACAAACCUUUUCGUCUGAUCUAGCUUUAGCCGAGCACGACUGUCGUCGCCUAGUUCCUAUGGAGAACACGACAUCCGUAGUAUGGGGCGUAAAAACCCCGCUAUAUUACAAUUGACCAUUUUGGCGCCGUUGCCGGGGACUAGCGUCGAGCGAUUAUGUUAGGCUAUAGACUAGGUUUACUUUAGUUCCUUGUUCAAUUCGUCGUGUAUUUCAUCUUCAGUGUUUUUCUUCUAUUUUCCCCCAUUGUUGCUUCGGCUUAUUAGGAUACUAUCCUUCUGACUAGUGUUUACUGUUUAUGAAUUUGUGUAGGGAAUCAUAAAUCUUUGCAGGUUGUUCUAUAUUUACACUUGGUUAAGAUAUGGCAUUGCUUCGUGAUCUUUGGAUGCCAAGUAGUCAAUGUUAUAUCACAGGACCGGUUUGGCCAACUAUUGAGGUAGAGAAUUUUGAGCUGAAGCCUGGUAUUAUUGCUUUGGUUCAACAACAACAGCUUGGAGGACUGCCUACUGAGGAUCCCUAUGAGCACUUACACCGAGUCAUGGAGUAUUCAGAUAGAGUUAAGUACCAUGGAGUUCCUCAAGAUGCAAUCAUGUGCAGGUUGUUCACAUUCUCCCUCCGCAAUGAUGCUCGUGCUUGGUAUCGAUCCUUGCCAUCAAGGUCAUACAGUUGGAAUGAGAUAUCGCGAGCUUUCUUGGAUAAAUAUUUCCCACUACACAAGCAGUCCGCAAUUCGAGAUGAGAUCUUCAAUUUCGUUCAGCGUGAAGGCGAGAGCUUGAAUGAUGCUUGGGAGAGAUACAAAGCCUUAUUCAGGAGAUGUCCUAAUCAUGGGCUCGAGAGAUGGUUAGAGCUGCAGAUAUUCUAUAGAGGAUUGACUUCGGACACUCGAGCUUAUGUCGAUAUGGCAGCGGGUGGAGCUAUUACAAACAAGACACUUGAUGAAGCUUUUCUGCUGAUUGAGAGCAUAGCUUUCCACCAACUUCAGUGGUACAAUAAGAAGCCCAUGUCUGAUUCAUUAGUUUGCUUGCAACAAAUCACUACACCUCAGCCACCAAUUCUUACACAGAAGCCCGAAUAUCUAUCUCAGUGUGACAAGAUUGAGCUUGCAUGGAUUAUCUUUGACGAUGAUGACACCAUUCUAGUUGACACACACGCUACAGAUCAUAUGGAUACUAGUGUUGGAGACUCGGUUUUGCAUUGUGAUGAUUCUUCCAUUGAUGAGCCAGAGCUGCAGUUAGUUGUUUUUGAUAUUGAGGAGUCACCUUUAGUUGAUAUUGAUCAUGUGCUCCUAGAGCCAGAUAUGGAGAAGUUCACCUUCGAUGAUGUUAGCCAUAUUGCUUCCUCAACACUUGAGCCUGAGAUGGAGAGCUUCAUGGUUGAGUAUGGUGAGGUGGAUUCAGAUAUCAAGGAGUCAAGCUCUAUUUCACUUGUUGACAUGAAUCCGGUGGAAAUUUCUACUACCACACCUCACUUGGUAUCUUCAAUGGAGGUAGUCCUGAAGCUUCUUCCUAACUAUCUCAGGUUGAUGCUUGUGUACCAUUUACUGCGAGUUGACCGAGUUCGAGAUGACAUUCCCUGGGAUCCUGGUGGACUCAGAGCAUGGGGAUGAGGAGAAGCAAGGGGGCACACACGAGGAAGGGAGAGUCUGGAGCAGGCAUGAGGAUAGAGAAGCAAAAGGAGAGGAGCUGCAGUUGGUGAGGUGAUUGAGUGAGUGCUACAUCAUCAAAGCCCGGUGAGCUGUUUCAUGACCCAUUCCGAGUAUAUCAUCCAUUGAUACAUGCUGAAAUCAAAUGUUAUUUAGGUUGCUUAAGCCAUUUCUUAAAUGUCUUCCCACUGAAUUUUACCUUUGACAUAUGAUGCUUGAUGUGAAUAUGUGAACUGAAUCAUGAAUGCCUUGUAAACUAGUGAUCUACAUACUGCUUGUUUUGCUGAAACUAGUGAAAGUUAUUAGUUUUGAGUGCUCAAAUCCCUAGUACACUAGAAAACUUAAUCAUUUUCUGCUUUUACCUCGAUACACCUAGAUCAUUAAGAUUCAGAUGCUGAGUUUGUGCCUAAUGUGUUCCCAUUGAGAGCAAUCACCUAACCAAUAUGGAUUAGUAUGCUAUGUUCCCUGGAUCGGUAGCAUGUGAACCAGACAUGGAGAAGUGAUGAUUCCUAUUUUUGU